AUGGAGGCUGUUGAUAUUCAGGCAGUUGAGUCAAAGCUGAGUGAUGUGACAGUCACAGCAAUUCCAAUGAAUCAGAAAACACCAUCAAAUACAUCUACUUCCAAAGAAGCCAAAGACCAGUCACCCAAGGACAAUGGGCUCUCAAAGUAUGCACAACUGCUGAGUGUGAUUGAGGAGCUUGGCAGGGAAGUGAGGCCCACCUAUGCAGGCAGCAAGUCAUCUGCGGAAAGGCUCAAAAGAGGCAUUGUGCAUGCACGCAUUCUGGUGCGUGAGUGUCUCAUUGAGACUGAACGAAGUGGAAGGCAAUAG